GCACACAUUUGUUGUAAAAUAUACCAUACAUAUUUGAACUCCUCUUCCAAAGAAGGAAAUCAUAUCUCUCUAAAUUAUGUGAUCCUCUUAUUGUCUCUCCCCCUCAAAGUUUUGUAUUUUAUAUCUUUACGCUUCAUACAUGUUUACAAAAUACAUUUUUUUUGUUGAUCUGUCUUUAUUUUAAUUUUUUUUGUUCCUAUGGACACUAGAUACAAGAUAUAGGACAAUAAAGAUAUAAAGAAAAUCCAGACCACACAUAUCAUGAGGUUGUGGAACAAGUUUCUGCGGUAACAGAAACCAAAAACAUGAAGGGAAAAAAAAAAGAACAAACUAUCUUCAACACAGAGCCAUGGCUUCAGCAACUUCUACCUAUGCUCGAACGUCCUGCAUUAUCCUUCCCAAAAUCCAAAACGGCACGCAUUUCAGGGACGAUACAAGAGCAUUUAGAAGGAUAACGGCAAGAAGAGUGACGUACGCGUCACAAGGCCCGACAAAACCGCCAAAACCAUCGCCAGGAGUAGACACAAGAAUCCACUGGGAAAGCCCGGACGAAGGCUGGAUCGGAGGAAGAUCCGACCCGACCAAAUCCGUUGAUGAGGACAAAACCAAUCUCCUUAGUGAUGAAAAAUUUGCAGAACUAAUCAAAGACUCUUUUGAUUCUCAUUACCAAUUCUUAGGUGUUUCAACGGAUGCUGAUCUAGAAGAGAUAAAAUCUGCGUACCGAAGAUUAUCAAAAGAGUAUCAUCCCGACACAACUUCAUUACCACUUAAAACAGCUUCAGACAAGUUCAUGAAACUAAGAGAAGUGUACAAUGUUUUGAGCGAUGAAGAGACUCGAAGGUUCUAUGACUGGACAUUGGCUCAAGAGGUCGCGAGUCGUCAAGCUGAGAAGAUGAGAAUGAAGCUUGAGGAUCCGAAAGAGCAAGAUUUUAGGGGCUAUGAAUCAAUACCUGAUAUGGUUGACCGGUUAGGUGGAAGAAACAUGGAGCUUAGUGAUCAAGCCAUGACUGCUCUCACGUUCGAUAUUUUGAUCAUAUUAUUCGCGGUUUGUUGUAUAGUGUUUGUGCUUGUUUUCAAAGAUCCUUCUUACUAGGUAAGGGGCUUUGUAUAUACAAAGAAGAUGGAAGAUUAACAAAUACAGGUUAUAGCAAAAACUGAAUUAAACAAGUGGUCUAGUGGUUAUGUUUCA